AUGAUCGCUAUCAAUUCCCGUUUGCGAACGAUACUCCCCCUCGCUGCUCUCUUCGCCCUAAUCCUCGUUCUUGUUCGAUUCCAUGAAAGCAUUAUAAAUCUCGAUUCACUGUAUAACCUCGCGAAGCACACGAAGACACCGCUGCCAUCUUCGAGUGGCAAGGACAACAAGCAGUCGCUCUCCUCCGAGACCCCAGUAUACAAGCCGGCACCGACCUACACCUCGCCCCCGGUAAUCGAUCCCUUCCCCCUCCUCGCCAACACCGACUCGCCGCCCCCCUCGGUCCCUGCGCAUAACGUCCCCCGCGACGACAUACACAAAGACUACGGUCUCGAUGCGCAACCGCCGCUCUUCAUCGGCUUCACCCGCCAGUGGCCCAUCCUUCUCCAAUGCGUUGUUAGCUACAUCACAGCAGGCUGGCCGCCCUCCAGCAUCCAUGUCCUCGAGAACACGGGCGUCCAGUUCGCCAACGCCCAGGGCAAGCUCUCCCUUCAGAACCAGUUCUACCUGAACCAUACGACGCUCAAACGGCUAGGAGUCAACGUCAUCCAAGCGCCCGCCCUGCUCUCCUUCUCGCAGAUGCAGAACAUGUUCCUGCACGAGGCGCACAAGAACAACUGGCCCUACUACUUUUACUCUCACCAGGACGUUCUCGUCUUCUCCUUUGAGGACGGCAAGGACGACACUCACCGCCCCGGCGACCGAACAUGGGAAUUCUACGAUGAGGAGGAGCAAAAUGAGAUCAUGAACCCGCCCGCGGCAGGACAGCAGGGUUACCGCACCAUAUACGAGAACUGCCUGCGCGAUCUUGAUACCACGCUGAGACGUAAAGAGAAAUGGGGGUUCCGGUGGUACCAAUAUGACCACUUGACCCUGGUGAACCGUGCCGCGAUGGACGCCAUUGGCGGUUGGGACUCGCUGAUCCCGUACUACGCGACCGACUGCGACAUGAACGCGCGCCUGGCCAUGGACGGCUGGACGAUGAAACACCGUCGGGCGGGUAUCAUCAAUGAUAUCUCGACGCACCUCCAGGAUCUUUCUGUCUUGUACCGGAUUCCGGGGACGGUCCCGAAAAUGGUCGACCCAAAUCCCCCACCCCCGCCUCCGCCCCCGCCGCCGGCCGAGAAGAAGCCCGAGAACGAGAAGAUACAGGGCGACAAGCGAGACGACGAGACCGCGGCGAAUGCUACCCUCGUAGACGACAAGGCAGAGUCAUUCCGCGCCGUGGUCCAGACGGGCCUGGAAAUGACAAACUUCAAGUACAGAGACAGCGACCACAACCGCAACUCGUGGCAGAAAAGCCAGCACGGCGGCGAGGGCGAACCGUAUUACUACGACGCCGCUGGGUUCGCAGAGGCUUUUGAGGUGCUCGUCGCUGCCGGGCGCCGGGUCUUUGAGCUGAAGUGGGGGCGCGGCGGGUGCGAUAUCGCCGAGGGGUUCGGGUUGAAGAUUACGGACCAGUGGCGCGUAUUGCCUCCGGAGAAGAAGGAUGGAUGA